UUAGCUAGCUUCUGCCAUCUGCUGCAGUCCUCAUGUCAUGACCGCUGCACAAUGACCAGCAGACCUUCACCAUGGGCGUGCAUGGCUCAAGCGAGAGAGAUCUAUCUGGCAUUUGACUUCUCUAUUUAAGUAGAGAGUGGACAACCGAGCCAAAGCCAUUGCUCAACCUCUGCAAGGUGAGAGAAUCACAAGGUAGAUGGCGAGGCAACGGCAAACUGGCGGUCUGCUGCUUCUUGGCUGCAGCAAGUGCUAGCGCUAAAAGGACCGGAGGUGCUCUCUGAUCGGUAGCCAACAAGGCAACAACCUCGCGCCGUCGCAGGCAGCAUGACCAGGCCGUGGGCGGGGAUGGGAAUGGCGGGCUCUGGCACGGCGUCCGAGCCGGCCGCCGACGUCGUCGCCAGGGACGACGCGGCAGCGGCCACGAGGGGCGCCGACGCCGCCGCCACCGCCACCAACGCCAGCGCCAUCUCCUUCGGGUUCGCGGCCACGGCGGUCCUCGUCUCCAUGCACUACAUGAUGUUCCUCCUCAUGGCCAUCUUCGAGCACCUCAUCAAGCCCGGCCUGGCUUCCUCCUCCUCCUCCUCCGGGGGCUCGGGCUCCCAUGACCACGACGCCGAAGGCCGCGGCCACGGCCACCGCCACCGCCUGGCAUUACCCCCCGCUCGACGGCGCGUGCGCGACGCGUCGCCGGACAAGCUCAGUCGCUUGCCCAAGGUGGAGCCCGUGGCGGCCGUGGUGGACCUGACGGUGCUGAUGCCGGGGCAGCCGUGCCCGACGUUCCUCGCGCGGCCGGCACCGCUCGCUCCUUGCCCCAGGGAAGGCGUUGCCUGGCCCUGGCCUUCCCACUCCCACGACCAUCGCCGCUUGUUUGUGCCCCCGUGAUUUUUGGCCCCGCGCCGCAUGUAUGUACAGAAGCGGGUGAAAUGCACGGCCCUAGCUUUGUUCAGGGUUUAUAUGGUCCAAUGCCGAUGCGUAUGUAGUUUCAUUGAAUUAGUAUUUGGGCCGGAAAAUGCUUUGACCCAUCAUGACGGUGGUUUAUCAGUCGA